CUUCCGAGGAACAGGCAUCAUCGCGGCCCGUAACAGCACAUAGUAAUAGGAUACGCUGAACUUCGGACGGGUCAGAGCACGGGGUCUAGAUUGAGAAGCGCAACCAGUGCUGCUGUUGGCCGAGACUUGGAUAGCAACUUCCCCCAGGCGAGUUUGCCAGUGCGAUUGGUCGGUCACUCCGUCCAACUCAGUCAUAACCGACUUCGCAGCCAGCAUGUCCGGCAUCGCAAUUCAAUCUCCGGAUAUCGCUUCCAUCACGCUGCACAAACGUGUACCGCUCAUCUGGCACCUGUACGGCAUUCCAUGUCUCUCCCUCUACCCACUCUACCUCUACACAUACUUUGCCAAGUACGAUGAGUGGGUCAAAUCGGAGGAGUGGACUUUCAUCUACACUCUUGGCCUCUUUGGCGGCCACGCGCUGAGCUUCCUCGUCACAAGAUGGAGCAUCAAGGCCAAAGCACUGAUUACCUGCCGCAGCGCAUCUUCCUUGAAGGAAGCUGAGGUUGUGCGAGUGAUUCCAAUUGCGCACAAGGGCGAAGGCGAGCUCGUGCCACUCAAACGAGUCACCCGAACAGGCUCACCGGACGAGAUCAGCUUCACCUACCAAGCCGACAAAUACAUCUACACGCUGCCAGACGAGAAAGCUUCCAUCACCGGCGUGCUCGUCUCGCCGCUCAUAUCUGAACCCACCUUCCGCCGCCUGCCGUAUCCGCCAGACAGCGCACCCGUGCUGCAGCAGUUCCAGGGAAGCACGGGUCUUACGACGGAUGCACAGGUCCAGCAGGCGCUCGACACAUACGGAAACAACACGUUCAAUAUCCCUGUCCCGACUUUCAUUGGUCUGUUUGCAGAGCAUGCUGUCGCGCCGUUCUUUGUCUUUCAGGUCUUUUGUGUCGGGCUCUGGCUGCUUGACGAGUACUGGUUCUAUUCGCUUUUCACGCUGUUCAUGCUUGUCGUAUUCGAGUGCACCGUGGUAUUCCAGCGCUUGCGAACACUAAACGAGUUCCGGUCGAUGUCCAUCAAGCCAUUCCAGGUCUGGACGUACCGCGCUAGCAAAUGGGUAGAGGUCUCCACAUCUGACCUCCUGCCGGGUGAUUUUGUCUCUGUUGUGCGCUCCAAGGAAGACUCUGCAACGCCCUGUGACUUGUUAUUGCUCUCCGGCUCUGCGAUCGUUAACGAGGCCAUGCUGUCAGGAGAGUCGACCCCUUUGCUCAAGGAAAGCAUCGAGUUGCGCGAUGGGUCCGACAAGCUGGACAUUAACGGCGCAGACAGGAACAACGUCGUCUUUGGAGGCACCAAGGUUUUGCAGACAAAUGCGCCGGACGCUGCAGCAGGCAGCAAGUAUGCUAGUCUCGCCGCCCCGGAUGGUGGUGCGCUUGGCGUUGUGCUUCGCACUGGCUUUGGCACAACGCAGGGUCAGCUCAUCCGCCUAAUGGUUUUCACCAACGAGGGCCGUGUCUCGGCUAACAACAUCGAGUCGUUUGUUUUCAUCGCUUUUCUCCUCGUUUUUGCCAUUGCUGCCAGCGCUUACGUCUGGAUCAAGGGAAACGAAAUGGGGAGGCCAAAGGGAAAGCUUCUGCUCGACUGUGUGCUCAUCAUCACUUCCGUCGUCCCGCCCGAGCUGCCUAUGGAACUCUCCAUGGCCGUCAACACCGCACUCAUGGCCCUCGCCAAGGUCGCCAUCUUCUGCACUGAGCCCUUCCGCAUCCCUUACGCGGGCCGUGUCGACGUCUGCUGCUUCGACAAGACGGGUACCAUCACGGGCGAAGAUCUGGUCGUGCAGGGCAUCGCGCAAGUAGGCACAAAGUCCCCGGAGCAUCUGCAUGCGGUCAAGGAUAGCGACAAGGAUACGACGCUGACCCUCGCAGCGGCACAUGCCCUCGUUUUGCUUGAAGACGGCGUCGUGGGAGACCCGAUGGAGAAGACGACCCUCGAGGCACUCGACUGGAAGCUGAAUAAGGGGGAUGUCCUGAACCCAUCGGUCAUCAAGAACUCGCCGCACAAAUACCAGGUGCAGAUUCGCAGGCGCUUCCAGUUCAGCUCGGCCCUUAAGCGCAUGUCGACGGUUAGCUUCGUGUCGGACCCCAGUGGCAACCAACGCAGAAUGCUCGUAGCAGUCAAAGGUGCGCCUGAGACGCUCAAGGGCAUGUACUCAAACCUUCCGGCUGGCUAUGAUGAGACCUACAAAAGCUUCACACGGCGCGGAAGUCGUGUGCUCGCGCUCGGCUACAAGUACUUGGAUGGUGUCACGCCAAAUGCGGACACAAUCAACAAUCUAACCAGGGAAAGCGUCGAAGCUGGCCUCCAGUUUGCUGGGUUCCUCAUCUUCCACUGCCCUCUCAAGCCUGAUGCAGUCGCUUCGCUCAAGCAACUACACGACUCGUCCCACCGUUGCAUUAUGAUCACCGGCGACAACCCACUCACGGCGGUGCACGUCGCAAGCGAAGUUGAGAUUGUCGACAGGGAGACGCUCAUCCUCGACGUGCGCGAAGGUGCCACCAGCGAGACGGAUCUCGUCUGGCGGAGUGUGGACGAAAAGAUCAGCAUUCCCGUCAACCCUGAGGCGCCCAUCGACACGAGCCUCUUCGACAAGUACGAUAUUUGCAUGACCGGCGUCGCUCUCAAACAGUACCAAGAGAGGCCAGAGGCUUGGAAAGACUUGAUCGAGAACACUUGGGUCUACGCGCGCGUUUCUCCUAGUCAGAAGGAGUUCAUUCUCGAGUCCUUCCGCAAGCUUGGGUACAUCACCCUCAUGGCCGGAGAUGGCACCAAUGAUGUCGGUGCAUUGAAAGCCGCCAACGUUGGAAUCGCCCUACUCGACGGUACACCGGAGGACUUGGUGAAGAUAGCAGAGCACCAGAAGAACGAGCGCAUGAAGAAGGUCUACGAAUCGCAGCUUAGUCUCACGUCGCGCUUCGGGCAGCCGCCUCCUCCGGUUCCGCCGCAGCUCAAGGCUCUUUACCCUGACCUGGAGAAGGCACGGGACGCAGCGCUCGCGAACCUCCAAAGUGAACGUCGCAACAAUCCUUCUGCCAAAUUCGACUUUUCCUCCAUCACCUCGCAAAUGGCUGACCUCGACGAAGACGGUCCUCCACAAAUUCGCCUGGGAGAUGCCAGUGUCGCAGCACCCUUUACGAGCAAGCUUGGACACGUCAACGCCAUCGUUAACAUCAUUAGGCAGGGGCGCUGCACGCUCGUCGCUUUUACGCAGAUGCACAAGAUUCUCGCGCUCAAUUGUCUCAUCCAGGCGUACUCUCUCUCAGUCCUUUACCUCGAUGGAAUCAAGUAUGGCGACUACCAGGUGACGAUCAACGGCAUGCUAAUGAGUGUGUGCUUCCUCUGCAUCUCGCGCGCCAAGCCGAUGGAGAAGCUGAGCGCGCAACGACCGCUUGCGCGCGUGCUCAGCGCUUACGUCUUUAUUUCUGUCCUGCUUCAAUUCGCACUGCAUGUGGCCACGACGCACUAUCUAACGCUGCUCGUUCCCGAGUACGAGUCGCCCGAAUCAAUUGAUCUUGAGGCGAAAUUCAACCCGUCGCUCCUGAACUCGGCCAUCUUCCUCAUCGGCUUGAGCCAGCAAGUCAACACGUUCUCCGUGAACUACAUCGGCCACCCUCACCGAGAAUCGCUCCGACAAAAUCAGUACCUCUACUAUGGUUUGCUCUCCUGCUUCGGUGUCGCAUUUGCCGGCGCGACGGAGUUUAUGCCAGAGAUGAACGAAUGGCUGCAGCUCGUCAAGCUUCCGGGCGCUUUCCAGGUCCGCCUUGUCACGCUCAUGGUCGUUGACUUUGUGGGGUGCUACAUCAUCGAGUGGACCAUCAAGGCUAUCUUUGCUGACCAGCAACCCAAGGACCUCAUCACAAAGCGCAGAGAACGCAUGUACGAACGGCGGAAGGCCGAGCUCGAGAAAGUGGCGUGAGUUGCCGGUGUUACCCAGAAUCAACAGCGUCUUCAGACAAGGAUCUAUAGAGAGCACCUUUAUCCUUGGUAAUUAAGAUUGCCGCGUAACCCCUGCGGGUGUAAUAGAACACAUUACCUGAAAGAUAGCGGUCUAUGAU